GAGUUUGGGCGGGGCCUCUUGCGGCUGGGCGGGGCUGUGGCGGGCCCUGUCAGAGCAGAACUGAGCAGGCGGUGGAGCUGGGUCUGGUCCGGGCACGGAGUGGGGGCUUCGAAGGGAAAAGGCGGGGCUCCUGGGGGCGGAGCCAUACCUGUGGGCGGGACAUGGGAAAGGAGGGCCCGAGGGGCGGAGCUACAAUAGAAAGGGCCAGGAGGUGCUGAGGCGAGGAGAGGCCGAACUCCAAGGGACGACGCUCGAGGAAGCAGAGGUUUGGGGACAGCUGCCCAGCCUCCAGGCCCACUGAUGGACCCGUUAACGAAGGUGCCUUGUGGGAGUCAGAUGGCACAAACCAUUCUAUGGAAAGCAAAGUCGUCUCUCUCCUUCGGCAUCCAGCCCCUUCAGACAUGGCCAACGAAAGACCCUGAACUAGAGUCCCAGGUCAACCUCUCUGUCUCGGAAGACCUAGGCUGUAGACGUGGGGAUUUCAGUAGGAAACAUUAUGGAUCUGUGGAGCUGCUUAUUUCCAGUGAUGCUGAUGGAGCCAUCCAAAGGGCUGGAAGAUUCAGAGUGGAAAAUGGCUCUUCAGAUGAGAAUGCAACUGCCCUGCCUGGUACUUGGCGAAGAACAGACGUGCACUUAGAGAACCCAGAAUACCACACCAGAUGGUAUUUCAAAUAUUUUUUAGGACAAGUCCAUCAGAACUACAUUGGAAACGAUGCAGAGAAGAGCCCUUUCUUCUUGUCCGUGACCCUUUCUGACCAAAACAAUCAACGUGUCCCUCAAUACCGUGCAAUUCUUUGGAGAAAAACAGGUACCCAGAAAAUAUGCCUUCCCUACAGUCCCACAAAAACUCUUUCUGUGAAGUCCAUCUUAAGUGCCAUGAAUCUGGACAAAUUUGAGAAAGGCCCCAGGGAAAUUUUUCAUCCUGAAAUACAAAAGGACUUGCUGGUUCUUGAAGAACAAGAGGGCUCUGUGAAUUUCAAGUUUGGGGUUCUUUUUGCCAAAGAUGGGCAGCUCACUGAUGAUGAGAUGUUCAGCAAUGAAAUUGGAAGCGAACCUUUUCAAAAAUUUUUAAAUCUUCUGGGUGACACAAUCACUCUAAAGGGCUGGACGGGCUACCGUGGCGGUCUGGAUACCAAAAAUGAUACCACAGGGAUACAUUCAGUUUAUACUGUGUACCAAGGGCAUGAGAUCAUGUUUCAUGUUUCCACCAUGUUGCCAUAUUCCAAAGAGAACAAGCAGCAGGUGGAAAGGAAACGCCACAUUGGAAACGAUAUCGUCACCAUUGUGUUCCAAGAAGGAGAGGAAUCUUCUCCUGCCUUUAAGCCUUCCAUGAUCCGCUCCCACUUUACACAUAUUUUUGCCUUAGUGAGAUACAAUCAACAAAAUGACAAUUACAGGCUGAAAAUAUUUUCAGAAGAGAGCGUACCACUCUUUGGCCCUCCCUUGCCAACUCCACCAGUGUUUACAGACCACCAGGAAUUCAGGGACUUUUUGCUAGUGAAAUUAAUUAAUGGUGAAAAAGCCACUUUGGAAACCCCAACAUUUGCCCAGAAACGUCGGCGUACCCUGGAUAUGUUGAUUAGAUCUUUACACCAGGAUUUGAUGCCAGAUUUGCAUAAGAACAUGCUUAAUAGACGAUCUUUUAGUGAUGUCUUACCAGAGUCACCCAAGUCAGCGCGGAAGAAAGAGGAGGCCCGCCAGGCGGAGUUUGUUAGAAUAGGGCAGGCACUAAAACUGAAAUCCAUUGUGAGAGGGGAUGCUCCAUCAAGCUUGGCAGCUUCAGGGAUCUGUAAAAAAGAGCCGUGGGAGCCCCAGUGUUUCUGCAGUAAUUUCCCUCACGAAGCCGUGUGUGCAGAUCCCUGGGGCCAGGCCUUGCUGGUUUCCACUGAUGCUGGCGUCUUGCUAGUGGAUGAUGACCUUCCAUCAGUGCCCGUGUUUGACAGAACUCUGCCAGUGAAGCAAAUGCAUGUGCUUGAGACCCUGGACCUUCUGGUUCUCAGAGCAGACAAAGGAAAAGAUGCUCGCCUCUUUGUCUUCAGGCUAAGUGCUCUGCAAAAGGGCCUUGAGGGGAAGCAGGCUGGGAAGAGCAGGUCUGAAUGCAGAGAAAACAAGUUGGAGAAAACAAAAGGCUGCCACCUGUAUGCUAUUAACACUCACCACAGCAGAGAGCUGAGGAUUGUGGUUGCAAUUCGGAAUAAACUGCUUCUGAUCACAAGAAAACACAACAAGCCAAGCGGGGUCACCAGCACCUCAUUGUUAUCUCCCCUGUCUGAGUCACCUGUUGAAGAAUUCCAGUACAUCAGGGAGAUCUGUCUGUCUGACUCUCCCAUGGUGAUGACCUUAGUGGAUGGGCCAGCUGAAGAGAGUGACAAUCUCAUCUGUGUGGCUUAUCGACACCAAUUUGAUGUGGUGAACGAGAGCACAGGAGAAGCCUUCAGGCUGCACCACGUGGAGGCCAACAGGGUUAAUUUUGUUGCAGCUAUUGAUGUGUACGAAGAUGGAGAAGCUGGUUUGCUGUUGUGUUACAACUACAGUUGCAUCUAUAAAAAGGUUUGCCCCUUUAAUGGUGGCUCUUUUUUGGUUCAACCUUCUGCGUCAGAUUUCCAGUUCUGUUGGAACCAGGCUCCCUAUGCAAUUGUCUGUGCUUUCCCAUAUCUCCUGGCCUUCACCACCGACUCCAUGGAGAUCCGCCUGGUGGUGAACGGGAACCUGGUCCACACCGCAGUCGUGCCGCAGCUGCAGCUGGUGGCCUCCAGGUCGGAUAUAUACUUCACAGCAACUGCAGCUGUGAAUGAGGUCUCAUCUGGAGGCAGCUCCAAGGGGGCCAGUGCCCGAAAUUCUCCUCAGACACCCCCGGGCCGAGAUACUCCAGUAUUUCCUUCUUCCCUGGGGGAAGGUGAAAUUCAAUCAAAAAAUCUGUACAAGAUUCCACUUAGAAACCUCGUGGGCAGAAGCAUCGAACGACCUCUGAAGUCGCCCUUAGUCUCCAAGGUCAUCACCCCACCCACUCCCAUCAGUGUGGGCCUCGCUGCCAUUCCAGUCACGCACUCCUUGUCCCUGUCUCGCAUGGAGAUCAAAGAAAUAGCAAGCAGGACCCGCAGGGAACUACUGGGCCUCUCGGAUGAAGGUGGACCCAAGUCAGAAGGAGCGCCAAAGGCCAAAUCAAAACCCCGGAAACGGUUAGAAGAAAGCCAAGGAGGCCCCAAGCCAGGGGCAGUGAGGUCAUCUAGCAGUGACAGGAUCCCAUCAGGCUCCUUGGAAAGUGCUCCUACUUCCGAAGCCAACCCUGAGGGGCACUCAGCCAGCUCUGACCAGGACCCUGUGGCAGACAGAGAGGGCAGCCCGGUCUCCGGCAGCAGCCCCUUCCAGCUCACGGCUUUCUCCGAUGAAGACAUUAUAGACUUGAAGUAACAGAGUUGACUCUCAUUUGCCAUCUUUAGUUUUCUUAUGGAGGUUUAUACUCUUUAAACAGUUCUGAUGUAAUUUCUCAACAAAAUGUGGCUUUUAGCCUGUCAGUGAUCUAUUGGACCAAACCUUCUGCACACUCGGCCAGUUCCCUCUCCAAUGUCCGGUGCCAUCUUUCCUGACCUUUGUUUCUUUCUGUUCAGGAACCAUCAGUCCCCUUGUAAUAAAGGUGGUAGAUUUCAUUGAGGUUUUAGAUUGAAACUUUGAAUAAAUCAAAAAUACUCAUUCUUA